AAAUUAUAAAUUUUGUUUCAGAUCGAGCAAUGCCAACCACGACCAAACUAACCACGCCGGAGUGGCGGCUAGCCGACGUGGGUGAAGAUGUUUACGAGCCUAGUGAAGACACGUUUCUGCUGUUGGAUGCUCUUGAAGCCGAACUGCCGUGGCUUCAAGAGAGGCACGGUAGAGAUCAGAACUCAGUGGAAGCUGAUUUGCCAUGGACUGAGCGCAAACACAGCAGUGAUGAGAACACAAAGGAAGCUCAUCUGCCGUGUUUGGCUAGCAGAGAUCAUAACACAAAGGAUGCUCGUCUGCCGUGUUUGGCUAGCAGAGAUGAGAAGAUAAAGGAAGCUCGACUGCCUUGGAGACACGGAAGCCUGGUGGUUGAACUGGGCAUGGCCGGCCUGGUGAUCACAGCGAUGGCUCAAGCGUUGCAAGGCAGAGCGCACUGUGUGGCCGUUGAUAUCAAUCCUGAAGCCUGUCGAGCCACCAAGGCUACUGCUCAGCUUAAUAAUGCACAGGUGGAGGUGAUCAGAGGUGACUUGCUGGAUUGUUUGCAACCAGGCUGCAUUGAUUUGUUGAUCUUCAAUCCACCCUACGUGGUCACCCAUCCAGACGAGAUCCACCAGGGCGAUGGCAUCAACAGGUCUUAUGCAGGAGGUAUCAGGGGUCGGCAAGUUAUGGACAGGUUAUUUCCGCAGCUGCCACGCCUGAUGGCGCCUCGUUCAUGCGUCUACAUGAUUGUCAUCGAUGAGAACGAUCCACAACAAAUUGCAAAAUUGCUCGAAGAUCUUGGUUUCGAAAGCAGUGUUGUGAUGAGCCGUAGAGCCGGCAUUGAACGCUUGUCUGUGAUGAAAUUUGUUAGGUUAUAGUAUGCAACAGGUUUCAAUUUUACAUUCCACACACCACUUUACUUGAAAACUACGCAGUCGAAAAGUUCUGCCUUUCCAUUUUCAUGAAUUGUAUGCAAUCGCUGUAUUACUUCAUAAUCGUUAAUUGAAUAAAAAUUUAAUUGUUUUAUCUGUUA